AUGUUGGAGUUAUGGGCAUCAGACGUUGGAACUCUAUCUUUGGAUUUAUUUUUGGUUUAUUUUUAAGUUGGCUAAUUUUUGGAGGAAAUAAAGAAGUUGAAUUGAAUAGAGAAGAAGAAAAUUAUGAAGGAAAGGAAGGAGGAAUUCAAUUAGCUGAAAAUUGGGAAAGAAUAAUUCUGGAACAAAAACAUGAAGAAAAUGGACAAAAUAAUUUUGUUAAUCAACAUGUCAAGUUGAAUCGCCCUCGAUUUGCGGCAACAGAAUUGGGUAUUCGACCGAACCUUUUAAUAUUUUUGUUGGCCCGUACGUCUACUGCCGCCUCCUUAUACCAAUUAUUGUCUCCAAAAGUGCCUGUCAAAAUUUUGGUUUCUGCUGGUAAACUUGCUGCUUCUGAUUUUCCUGCAAAUUCUCAGCCAGUUAGUGUUCGUUCUGAUCCUGUUUCGUUGCUCAUUGCUAUUGCCAAUAUUUCUCUCAACAACCCAGCAAAUUGGUAUUUACUUCUACCAGAUUCAACAUUUGUCAAUAUUUAUGAAUUAGAACGACUUGUAAAUUCACUUUUAUGGAAUUCCCCCGUCGCUUUUGGAUGGAAUAUUAAUCAAAUAAAAAAUAAGGACUUAAAUGAAGAAGAUGGAGGUCAUUGUCUUGUUGAAGCUGGAAUUUUAUUUUCAUCUCCAGCAAUGAAUGUAUUAGCUCAAGGAAGGCAUUUAUGUAAUGGAUUGGCUUUAGGAACUUCGGGGAAUGGAGAGGAAGAAACAGAAAAGUAUUAUUCAAAAGAAGAGACUGGAUGGCCUAUUGGAAUUAUGGAUGUUUCAAAACCAUUAAAUCGAUUUCAAGGUUUUUUUUUAAAAAAUUUUUUUUUACUUCCCUUCAUGGGGAGUAGAUUAGGUGUCUAUGUCGUUAAGUACCCAAAUUAG